AUGUUUUCCUCCUUUUCUUGUUGCAUUAUGUUACUUGGGGGCAUGCGCGUACGGGUGAGUGCUGGUGUUCGGGCUGUUAGGGAAGAUGACAAUUAA